GACCAAGAUCAUCUACCACCUGGACGGGCAGGAGACGCCGUACCUGGUGAAGCUGCCCCUGCCCGCCGAGCGCGUCACCUUGGCGGACUUUAAGGGCGUUCUGCAGCGACCCAGCUACAAGUUCUUCUUCAAGUCUAUGGACGAUGAUUUCGGAGUUGUGAAGGAGGAGAUCUCAGAUGACAAUGCUAAGCUACCCUGCUUCAAUGGCCGGGUGGUGUCCUGGCUGGUGUCAGCUGAGGGCUCACACCCAGAGCCAGCCCCCUUCUGUGCUGAUAACCCAUCAGAGCUGCCACCACCUAUGGAGCGCACAGGAGGAAUCGGGGACUCCCGACCCCCAUCCUUCCACCCUCAUGCUGGUGGGGGCAGCCAGGAGAACCUGGACAAUGACACAGAGACAGAUUCCUUGGUAUCUGCCCAGCGGGAGCGGCCACGUCGGAGGGAUGGCCCAGAGCAUGCAACCCGGCUAAAUGGAACUGCAAAGGGGGAGCGGCGGCGAGAGCCUGGUGGUUAUGAUAGCUCGUCCACCCUUAUGAGCAGUGAGCUGGAGACUACCAGCUUCUUUGAUUCAGAUGAGGAGGAUUCUACCAGCAGGUUCAGCAGCUCCACAGAACAGAGCAGUGCCUCACGCCUGAUGAGAAGACACAAGCGGCGGCGGCGGAAGCAGAAGGUCUCACGGAUUGAGCGGUCCUCAUCCUUCAGCAGCAUCACAGACUCUACCAUGUCUCUCAACAUCAUCACAGUUACUCUCAACAUGGAGAAGUAUAACUUCUUGGGCAUCUCCAUUGUGGGCCAAAGCAAUGAGCGUGGUGACGGAGGCAUCUACAUUGGCUCUAUCAUGAAAGGUGGGGCUGUGGCUGCUGAUGGACGCAUCGAACCAGGAGAUAUGCUGUUACAGGUAAAUGAGAUCAACUUUGAGAACAUGAGUAAUGACGAUGCAGUUCGGGUACUACGGGAGAUUGUGCACAAACCAGGGCCCAUUACCCUGACUGUAGCCAAGUGCUGGGACCCAAGUCCACGUGGUUGCUUCACAUUACCCAGGAGUGAGCCCAUCCGGCCCAUUGACCCUGCGGCCUGGGUCUCUCACACUGCAGCCAUGACGGGCACCUUCCCUGCCUAUGGCAUGAGCCCCUCCCUGAGCACAAUCACCUCCACCAGCUCCUCCAUCACCAGCUCCAUCCCUGACACAGAGCGCCUGGACGACUUCCAUCUGUCCAUCCACAGUGACAUGGCUGCCAUCGUAAAAGCCAUGGCCUCCCCUGAAUCAGGGUUGGAGGUCCGAGAUCGCAUGUGGCUCAAGAUUACCAUUCCUAACGCUUUUAUCGGCUCAGAUGUGGUAGACUGGCUAUACCACAAUGUCGAAGGCUUCACUGACCGGCGGGAGGCCCGCAAGUAUGCCAGCAACCUGCUGAAAGCUGGCUUCAUCCGCCACACUGUCAAUAAGAUCACCUUCUCUGAACAGUGCUACUACAUCUUCGGAGACCUCUGCGGCAACAUGGCCAACCUGUCCCUCCACGACCACGACGGUUCCAGCGGUGCCUCUGACCAAGAUACGCUGGCCCCUUUGCCACACCCGGGGGCUGCCCCUUGGCCUAUGGCUUUCCCUUACCAGUACCCACCACCCCCACACCCCUACAACCCCCACCCAGGCUUCCCGGAGCUAGGCUACAGCUAUGGUGGGGGCAGCGCCAGCAGUCAACACAGUGAAGGCAGUCGGAGCAGUGGCUCAAACCGUAGUGGUAGCGAUCGUCGGAAGGAGAAGGACCCAAAGGCUGGAGACUCCAAGUCCGGCGGCAGCGGCAGUGAGUCGGACCACACGACACGCAGCAGCCUGCGGGGGCCACGAGAGCGGGCACCCAGUGAGCGCUCAGGGCCCGCGGCCAGCGAGCAUAGCCACCGCAGCCACCAUUCACUGGCCAGCAGCCUGCGCAGCCACCACACGCACCCAAGCUAUGGCCCUCCAGGAGUGCCCCCUCUCUACGGCCCCCCAAUGCUGAUGAUGCCCCCGCCGCCUGCAGCCAUGGGGCCCCCAGGAGCCCCUCCCGGCCGCGACCUGGCCUCGGUGCCCCCAGAACUGACCGCCAGCAGACAGUCCUUCCGCAUGGCCAUGGGAAACCCCAGUGAGUUCUUUGUGGAUGUGAUGUGAGCAGGGCCUCUCCCCCACUGCCAUCCCACCCCGCACCCCGUCCCUCUCUCCAACUGUCCGUCCGUCUUUUUUACUUUGUCUGGUACCUGAAAGGGAAAUAAAUGCAACUAAAUCCAGGUGCGCUAGCUAACUGCUCGCUGGGCGCAGCCAGGGCAGGGUGUAUCUACCAGUCAGCUCUGCAUUCCCUAACCCGGCUCUGGCCUAGCUUGUUCCCUCUGCUCACUAACCUUAGGGGGACUUCCCAGGAUCCUUCAUGUCCCCGAGUCCUCACUUGCUGGUGCUUACUUCCCUCUGCCCCAUCCUCACACAGUUUAGGAGCUGACCCCAGUGGUGUCCUUGGAGGGUACCCCCUUCUUC